CGCAAAGCGUUUAAUGCAUCUGGUGGACAUGAGGCGUAACACAUGAUGCACACAGACAGACGAAGGCCUUCCAGGUAGGCUAGUCUAAGAUGUCUUAUUUGCAGGUGUCUGUGUACAUAGCUACAUGAUGUUAGUUACAGCGUGGUGAGGGUGAAUUCAACUCUUAAACUCUUAGCCUGUGACCAUGACUCCGUUUCAUUACAUUUACACGUAAGAGUCAUUGGAUGAAGUCAUUUUCUCUACGGGGGAGUUUCAUUAAGAGCCCAAAUUCUCGGUCUGAACGUUAAUACGCAUCGCUUGCGGCACGUUUUGGGAAGCAUAAGGACAGUUUUAUAUAUAUUUAUAUAUUAUAUAUAAUCAAGAAAUAUUGUAAUAAUAAAAAACGUUUGAUACACACCUUGGGGUUAGUGUUCCCAGACAGCCAUAUCUCCAUGUUACAGAGCGUGUUUACGGAAGACUGAGUGCUAAUAGCUAUCUAGCAUGCUCCAAACACCUGUGUAAUGGAAGAAGGCUCCCAAAACGUGUCAUUGAAAAAUACCGUCGGCGGCAAAAGUGAAAUCUGGUUAAAACCGUGUAUAUGUUGCAUUUGUGAAGUUAUUUUGAUGUCAUAUGAAAGUAAAGGGCUUUAUGUUUCUAGAUAUCAGAUUGAGAAUCGAUUCCUGUUUAGAUGGAGUAUAUAUAUGGCUGUUUUGGCUCCCAAAGCCAGUCUACCUCAGUAAAUAACAUAUAAGGGCCCUGGACCUUAUGGAGUAACGGUUGGCUCUUUAAGAGUACAUCUUGGACUAGCUAGUUGUAGCCAAAUGACUUUCUACAAAUUCUAUCUAGCUAGCAACAUUAGCAAAGCUCGCUGCACAGGCACAUUGGCUACCUUACAACAUGACAUACUUUAACAUUUCUGGGCAUAUGAUUAAGAAUGAGAAACUGGGUGGUUUGAGCCGUGAAUGCUAACAGCCAUGGAAUAUCAGACCAUAUACUAUGGGUAUGACAAAACAUUUAUUUUUAAUGCUCUAAUUAUGUUGGUAACCAGUAUAUAAUGGCAAUAAGGCACCUCAAGGGUUUGUGAAAUAUGGCCAAUAUACCACGGCUAAGUGCUGUGUCCAGGCAUUGUGUACAAGAACAACCCUUAGCCGUGGUAUAUAGGCAAUAUACCACACCUACUUGGGCCUUAAUGCUUAAUUAGAAGUACUGACAUUUUAUCAUAUAAUAGCACAUAUAGCUUUCCAAGAACUCAACUCAAAUUUAGCAGUGGUGGAAAAAGUACUCAAUUGUCAUACUUGAGUAAAAGUAAAGAUACCUUAAUAGAAAAUGACUCAAGUCACCCAGUAAAAUACUACUUGAGUAAAAAUAUUUGGGUUUUAAAUAUACUUCCGUAUUAAAAGUAAAUGGAAUUACUUAAGUACAUUUUAGCAUCAGAAGUAAAAGUAUAAAUCAUAUCAAGUUCCUUAUAUUAAGCAAACCAGAAGGAACAAUAAAAAAAAUAAAACAUUUUUAUUGACAGAUAGCCAGGGGCACACGCCAACACUGAGACAUAAUUUCCAAACAGCAUUUGUGUUUAGUGAGUCUGUCAGGUCAGAGGCAGUAGGGAUGACCAGGGAUGUUCUUUUGAUAAGUGUGUGAAUUGGACAAUUUUCCUAGUACAAUGUAAAGAGUACUUUUGGGUAUCGGAAAAUGUGUGGAGUAAAAAGUACAUUAUUUUCUUUAGGAAUGUAGUGAAGGAAAAGUAGAAGUUCCAAAAAUAUAAAUAGUAAAGUACAGAUACCCCAAAAACUACUUGAGUCGUACUUUAAAGUAUUUUUACUGAAGUCCCUUUACACCACUGAAAUUUAGACAUUUAUGGUCUGCUUACAUAUAUUUUAAAGGGUAUUUAUGCAGAAAAUUUGUAUAAAACAUAUUACAUAAUUUUAGGUUGACAAUAAUGCUAUUACAACAUUUCUGAUACACUAUAUGACCAAAAGUAUGUGGACACCUGCUCCUCAAAUCUCAUUCCAAAAUCAUGGGCAUUAAUAUGGAGUUUGUCCCCCCUUUGCUGCUAUAACAGCCACCACUCUUCUGGGAAGACUUUCCACUAGAUGUUGGAACAUUGCUUUGGGGAUUUGCUUCCAUUCAGCCACCAGAGCAUUAGUGAGGUCAGGCACUGAUGUUGUGAGAUUAGGCCUGGCUCGCAGUUGGUGUUCCUUUUCGUCCCAAAGGUAUUUGAUGGAAUUGAGGUCAGAGCUCUCUGCAGAUCAGUCAAGUUUUUCCACACUGAUCUCGACAAACCAUUUCUGUAUAGACCUUGCUUUGUGCACAGGGGCAUUGUCAUGCUUAAACAGGAAAGGGCCCUCCCCAAACUGUUGACACAAAGUUGGAAGCACAGAAUCUUGUAGAAUGUCAUUGUAUGCUGUAGAGGUAAUAUUCCCUUCACUGGAACUAAGGGGCCUAGCCUGAACCAUGAAAAACAGCCACAAACCAUUAUUCCUCCUCCACCAAACUUUACAGCUGGCACUUUGCAUUAGGGCAGGUAGCCUUCUCCUGGCAUCCGCAAAACCCAGAUUUGACUGUCGGAUUGUGAAGCGUGAUUCUUCACUCCAGAGAAUGCUUUUCCACUGCCCCAGAGUCCAAUGGCGGCUUUACACCACUCCAACAGAGUCUUGGCAUUGCGCAUGGUGAACCCAAAUUUGUCCACCGGACUGCCAGAUGGUGAACUGUGAUUCAUUUUUACACGCUUCAGCACUCUGCAGUCCCGUUCUGUGAGCUUGUGUGGCCUACCACUUUGCGGCUGAGCCGUUGUUGCUCCUAGACAUUUCCACUUCACAAUAACAGCACUUUCAGUUGACCGGCGCAGCUCUAGCAGUGCAAAAGCUUGAAGAACUGACUUGUUGGAUAGGUGGAAUCCUAUGACGGUGCCACAUUGAAAGUCUCUGAGCUUUUUGUCUAUGGAGAUUGCAUGGCUGUGUGCUCGAUUUUAACACCUGUCAGCAACGGGUGUGGCUGAAAUGGCAGAAUCCACUAAUUUGAAGGAGUCUCCAAAUACUUUUGUCUAUAUAGUGUAUAUCACAUGCCUUUAAUUUUUCUUGCUGGCUAAUAUGGCUGUCAUUUUCAAACCAUCCUGGAACUUUGAGGGGUUUAUGACACUACUGUUCAAAAGUUUGGGGUCCUUGUUUUUGAAAGAAAAUAUAUUUUUUUGUCCAUUUAAAAUAACAUAAAAUUGAUCAGAAAUACAGUGUAGACACAUUUUUAAUGUUGUAAAUGACUAUUGUAGCUGGAAACGGCAGUUUUUUAUGGAAUAUCAACAUAGGCGUACAGAGGCCCGUUAUCAGAAUCCAUCAGUCCUGUGUUCCAACGGCACGUUGUGUUAGCUAAUCCAAGUUUAUCAUUUUACAAGGCUAAUUGAUCAUUAGAAAACCCUUUUGCAAUUAUGUUAGCACAGAUGAAAACUUGUACUAAUUAACGAAGCAAUAAAACUGGCCGCCUUUAGACUAGUUGAGUAUCUGGAUCAUCAGCAUUUGUGAGUUCGAUUACAGGCUCGAAAUGUCCAGGAACAAAGAACUUUCUUCUGAAUCUCGUCAGUCUAUUCUCGUUCUGAGAAAUGAAGGCUAUUCCAUGUGAGAAAUUGCAAAGAAACUGAAGAUCUCAUACAGCGCUGUGUACUACAGCUAACUGAUCGCUGCAGCUGUACAUAGUCCAUCUGUAAAUUGCCCACCCAAUCUAUCUACCUCAUCCCCAUACUGUUUUUAUUCUAUUUACUUUUCUGCUCUUUUGCACACCAGUAUCUCUACUUGCACAUCAUCAUCUGCUAAAUUGUAAGUAUUCGCUCCUAUGGCCUAUUAUUGCCUACCUCCUCAUGCCUUUUGCACACACUGUAUAUAGACUUUCUUUUUUUCUACUAUGUCAUUGAUUUGUUUAUUGUGUUAUUGGCUUGUUUAUUGUUUAAUCCAUGUGUAACUGUUUGUGUCACACUGCUUUGCUUUAUCUUGGCCAGGUCGCAGUUGUUCUCAACUAGCCUACCUGGUUAAAUAAAGGUGAAAAAAAACAACCACUCCCUUCACAGAACAGCGCAAACUUCCCCCAACCCAGAAUAGAAAGUCCCCAACUGGCAGCUUCAUUAAAGAUGACCUGCAAAACACUAGUCUCAAUGUCAACAGUGAAGAGGAGACUCCGGGCUGCAAAGAAAAAGCCAUAUUUCAGACUGGCCAAUAAAAAUAAAAGCUUAAGAUGGGCAAAAGAACACAGACACUGGACAGAGGAAGAUUAGAAAAGAGUGUUAGGGACAGACCAUUCUAAGUUGGAGGUGUUGGAUCUCGAAAAAGAACAUUCGUGAGAUGCAGAAAAAAUGUAAAUAUGCUGGAGGAGUGCUUGACGUCCCCUGUCAAGCAUGGUGGAGGCAAUGUGAUGGUCUGGGGAUGCUUUGGUGAUGGUGAAGUGGGUUAUUUGUACAGGGUAAAAGGGAUCUUGAAGAUGGAAGGCUAUCACUCCAUUUUGCAACGCCCUGUGGACGGCACUUAAUUGGAGCCAAUUUCCUCCUACAACAGGACAAUGACCGAAAGUACAGCUCCAAACUAUACGAGAACUAUUUAGGGAAGAAGCUGUCAGCUGGUAUUCUGUCUAUAAUGGAGUGGCCAGCUAUGCUAUAUGGAAUUUGCUGUGCUACCUGGAACCAGUGCCCCUAGGAAGAAAAAAAUCACUCAUGGAAUAAUUGUUGGAAUGUCCCGCAGCCACAGUAGUGCAAAUAUGUGGUAGCACAAAGAAAGGAAAAUGGACUGCUUAUAAAGUAGCUAGGAUUCAUAGGCCCAAUCUUAAAAAUAAAAUGUUCUGGUGCUCCUAAACCCUGUAUGUUGUUAUUGCUGGCAAUUCUUAUAAUUUAAAGGGGCUUGCUGCAGUAGUAACUACAUCACUUUUUGGACUUAAAAAUGAAUGAUGUAAACCCAUUGAUUAUUGAAGAAUGUCACUUUUAAAUGCCCCAUGAGCUUAGUUUAACUGUCGUACCACAUCAGAAGCCAAAAUAUAAGCUUAUUUUUCCAAGGUUUGUAAACAAGCUAAAUGUAAACAAACACUAUAUAGCCUCAAAACAUGGUUCAAACUGUCAUUUUGAUAUCAUGGAUGCAUCCAUCUAUGAAUUUGAGUGUGGUUAUGUUUCUCCAGCCGCAUCCCUCAACCUUUUACAGAAACAGUGGUGCGGAUAAAUGCUUUAUUGUUUCAACUGCAGAUUGCCACGUUAAUACCUCAAAUAUUUUUCAUUGUGCUCCUUCAUCUUUUUACUAAGAGCACAUUUGCUCCUUGUAAAAAAUGUCACUGUAGAGCCCUGCAUAAUCAAUAGAAAUGUAACUUAUUGCUGUCUGUCAGAUACUCACAAAUAUUGGCUGCAAUGUAGGUAUUUUGAUGUUAUGUUCAGCAGGUAUAGACUAGCCUAUAAUAUAACAGUAAGAUUCUGCCCUUUGGUGUUGAAAUUGUGCUGACAUCAUCCUGGUCCCCUCUCGCUUUAUGAUCCUGAAUGUAUGUGUGUGUGUGUCUCUCUCUCUCUCCUCUGCCACCAUACCUGCACUGCCUUCAGAUGGAGAGUUCUCCAGCCUGGCUAAAGAUGAAUUGGGGAACUUAAAUCUGGAGAGUUUCAUCAGGGAGUUUCCCCAGAACAGAUACAACUGUUCCUCUCAUCAGGGCACAGGAUUGAUCCCAGGAAACUUCUGUUACUCCUCCCCUCUCCCGGAACACCACUACCUGGCCACACCCACCAGCUGGACCUCUGACCGCCCCCUACGACCCAAGAGUCCCUGGGGCUGCCUAGACCCCUACACCUCUGAGGACCAGGACAGGGAGUAUGUAGGCUUUGCUACUCUGCCCAACCAGGUACACAGGAAGUCAGUAAAGAAGGGAUUUGAGUUCACUCUGAUGGUGGUAGGAGAGUCUGGUCUGGGUAAAUCUACACUAGUCAACAGUCUGUUCCUUACAGACCUCUACAAGGACAGGAAGGUGCUGAAUGCAGAGGAGAGGCUGGCUCAGACUGUGGGCAUCACUAAGAACACAGUGUGCAUCGAGGAGAAGGGAGUGAAGCUCAAACUAAACAUAGUGGACACACAAGGCUAUGGAGAUGCCAUCAAUAAUACAGACAGCUAUAAGUGUGUUUCAGACUACAUUGACCAUCAGUUUGAGCAGUACCGCAGGGAUGAAAUCGGCCUGAACAGAAAGAACAUCCAGGAUAACAGAGUCCACUGCUGUCUCUACUUCAUCUCUCCCUUCGGACAUGGUCUGCGGCCAUUGGAUGUAGAGUGUAUGAGGGCUCUGCAGGACAAGGUCAACAUCAUCCCUGUUGUGGCCAAAUCUGAUGGUCUCACUUAUGAUGAGGUUAAGAAGAAGAAGAGCAGGAUCCUAAGUGAGAUAGAUAAGUACAGGUUAAAGAUCUACCAGUUCCCAGACUGUGACUCUGAUGAGGACGAGGAGUUCAGGAGGCAGGACAUGGAGCUCAAGAGGAGUGUUCCGUUUGCAGUGAUCGGCAGUAACAUGGUGGUGGAUGUUAAUGGUCGGCGGAUCCGCGCCCGUCUCUACCCCUGGGGAGUGGUGGAAGUGGAGAACCCAUAUCACAGUGACUUUGUCCACCUGAGGAACAUGUUGGUGAGGACUCAUAUGCAGGACCUGAAGGACAUGACCCAUGACACACACUACGAGAGUUACAGAGCACAGUGGCUGUGCAAGAGCCAACACACUGAUGUGGAUUAUGACUUCUGCCACACAAUCUAAUCCAGGAGGCCUUUGGUGUUAAACAAAAGAUGAUACACUGCUUUCACUAUUGCUGGAAUAAAGUCACAAGCUAAA